AUGUAUAAAUCCAAACGGACCCAAUAUGCAGGAUCAACUGCAAGCACUUUGGAUCUGUUACAAGCACAGGAUUGUCUCUUCUGUCAAUAAUGUCAAAAAUUUUGUUGUCUUAUUACAAGAGCUCUUUACAUCAAAUACUCAGCAAGCCAGAAUUAUUACUAUCAAAAAGACAUUAAUAUCAUACUUUUGCAAUAACGAUCUAAACAAUACACUACAUAUAAGGAAUGGACUUAUUAUGAUACUAAUGAAUAUUUAAAAAGAUUCUAUUCUUUAACUGAUACAAAACAAAAAACUAUUGUAUUAACUGAAUAUUAUAAAGUAAUUACUUUCAAAACUAUACUGAAUAGUUUCACCGAGAUAUACCACGUCUUUUCAUGUUACCUAUAGCUACUACAUUAACUAAAUACCACGAUAAACGUCGCAGAAUAGAAUAUAUCAGAAUAUCUAGGAUGCUAGGAGGACAUGUUGAUUAACCUACAGCAACAUAAAAUUCUAUUUAAACAGUAUUAAUUGAAUAUUCACACUAAUUUAGUCAUUGUAGAAUCUAUUAGGUUAGUUAAAUUUUACUAAACAAGAACAAUCUAACACAUUAAUUGAAAUAUAAAAAAAUUUAAAAGAAGCCAUAAACAAUUCCAAAAUUAUUUAAAAGGAGUUUGAUUCUCGAAAAUAUAAUCUGCCUUUAUAACUAAAAAAUUCAGAUUAUUACAACAAAUCAAAAUUGGAACAUAAAUCUGAUACAAAUUCUAGAUUAGAAUUUAAAGAAAAUUUCAAUGAUCUGUUCUUAAAAAAAAAAACUUUAAAAAAUUCAGCAAUCUAAACUUAAAGAGAAGUUUCACAGCCAAAAGUUUAUAGCACUGAAAAAAAUAACAAAUUAUAGGUGCAAUAGAUUCCACUUACGCAAAGAAAUGGAAAUAACACAAAAUAAUCCAUAUCUCCAAGGCCUACAACAUAAAGAUCAAUUAAACCAUAAAUUAUGCAAUUAUUAAAGCCUAAUCAUAAUAAUAAUAAUAAGCUAAAGGCUACCAAUAUUAUACUAGAAUGUUUAAUGAGAAAAUUAAACUUAGAUUAAAAAUCCCUUAAAUAAAAAUCGAAAUCUCCUAAUAAUCCAUCUAGUUAACAAGCUAAAAGAAAAAGAAGAGUAUUGAGCACAAAUUAAGAAACAACAAAAAUUGAUUUGAAUUAAUUAAAAUAAAAAUAAUCAUAGUUGCUGUAAAGUAAAUUUGAUUAAAAUUUCAUAAAUAAAGGAUAUAAAACAGGAAGAGCCUCAGCAAUGGCUUGA